AGCGAGCUGCAGAGGAAAGGGAGGAGGGGAGACGUGCUCUCCCGAUCCAGCCGGGACAGCUAGGCAGAGACCGCCCGGCUGACGACCGCGCCGGCCCAGGCCACCAGCCCUCCCGGUGGCUGCAGCGUGGACAUAUCUAACCGACAGCGCUGCGUGCGGGAAGCGCCCGGCCAUGUUCAGCCGGAGCUCACGGAAAAGACUGUCCCGCCGCCCGGUGAGUGUCCUCCACCCGAGCGGGGCCGCCCUCCCGGUCCCCACCGCCAUCAGCCAGCGCCCGGGCCCAGCCCCUCUCCACCCCGCGGCCGCGCACCUGUGGCCCCAGUUGACCGGACUGGGUCGGAUUGAGAGAGGCCAGCCAUGUAACGCCUGUGGUGACCAGUGCCCUGGGUUUGCCUUGCAUAAAUGGAGGAAGAUCUGCCUACACUGCAAGUGUCCCCAGGAGGAGCACAUGGUGACAGUGAUGCCACUGGAAAUGGAGAAGACCAUCAGCAAACUCAUGUUUGACUUCCAGAGGAACUCAACCUCAGACGAUGACUCGGGCUGUGCCUUGGAAGAGUAUGCCUGGGUACCCCCUGGGCUGAAGCCUGAACAGGUGCACCAGUACUAUAGCUGCCUUCCAGAAGAGAAAGUCCCUUAUGUCAACAGUCCUGGAGAGAAAUUGCGCAUCAAGCAGCUAUUGCACCAGCUGCCGCCCCACGACAAUGAGGUUCGAUACUGCAACUCCCUGGAUGAAGAAGAGAAGAGGGAGCUGAAGCUGUUCAGCAAUCAGAGGAAGCGUGAGAACUUGGGCCGAGGGAAUGUCAGGCCCUUCCCCGUUACCAUGACAGGAGCCAUUUGUGAGCAGUGUGGAGGGCAGAUUAAAGGUGGGGACAUUGCUGUGUUUGCAUCACGCGCUGGCCAUGGCAUCUGCUGGCAUCCACCCUGCUUUAUAUGCACCGUCUGCAAUGAGCUUUUGGUUGACUUGAUCUACUUUUACCAAGAUGGGAAGAUCUACUGUGGUAGGCACCAUGCUGAGUGCCUGAAGCCGCGCUGUGCAGCCUGUGACGAGAUCAUCUUUGCAGAUGAGUGCACGGAAGCUGAGGGACGACACUGGCACAUGCGACACUUCUGCUGCUUUGAGUGUGAGACCGUGCUGGGAGGCCAGCGAUACAUCAUGAAGGAAGGAAGGCCCUACUGCUGCCACUGCUUUGAGUCCCUAUAUGCAGAAUAUUGUGACACUUGUGCCCAACAUAUAGGGAUCGACCAAGGUCAAAUGACCUACGACGGCCAACACUGGCAUGCUACCGAGACUUGUUUCUGCUGUGCUCAUUGUAAAAAGUCCCUCCUGGGGCGACCAUUCCUCCCGAAGCAGGGCCAGAUAUUCUGCUCACGGGCCUGCAGUGCUGGGGAGGACCCCAAUGGCUCUGACUCAUCUGAUUCGGCCUUCCAAAAUGCCAGAGCCAAGGAGUCUCGUCGCAGUGCCAAAAUCGGCAAGAACAAAGGCAAAACAGAGGAGUCCAUGCUGAGCCAGCACAGCCAGCUGCAGGUGAGUUCUAACCGGCUCUCAGCUGAUGUGGACCCCCUGUCAGUGCAGAUGGAUCUCCUCAGCCUAUCCAGUCAGACGCCCAGCCUCAAUCGGGACCCAAUUUGGAGGAGCCGGGAUGAGCCUUUCCAUUAUGGGAACAAGAUGGAGCAGAACCAAUCCCAGAGUCCUUUGCAGCUUCUGAGCCAGUGCAACAUCAGAACUUCCUAUGGUUCUGGAGGGCAGGGAGCAGGAGCCCAGCCUGAUGUGUGGGCCAAGCACUUCAGCAACCCCAAGAGAAGCUCUUCAAUGGCCAUGAAGGGGCAUGGUGGCAGCUUUAUCAAGGAAUGCCGUGAGGACUAUUACCCAGGGAGGAUGAUGUCCCAGGAGAGCUACAGUGAUAUGUCCAGCCAAAGCUUUAGUGAAACCCGAGGCAGCAUCCCAGUCCCCAAGUAUGAGGAGGAAGAGGAGGAAGAAGAAAGUGGCAUGGCUACACAGCAGUGCCGACCCCGUCGUCCACUCAGUUCCCUGAAAUACACGGAGGACAUGACACCCACAGAACAGACUCCUCGUGGCUCUAUGGAAUCGCUGGCCCUGUCCAAUGCAACAGGCCUGUCUGCCGAAGGUGGUGCCAAGCGCCAGGAGCACCUAUCUCGGUUUUCCAUGCCUGACCUCAGCAAAGACUCUGGAAUGAAUGUCUCGGAAAAGCUGAGCAACAUGGGCACUCUCAACUCCUCCAUGCAGUUCAGGAGUGCAGAGUCGGUCCGCAGCCUGCUGUCUGCACAACAGUACCAGGAGAUGGAGGGGAACCUUCACCAGCUCAGCAACCCCCUAGGGUACAGGGACCUGCAGUCCCAUGGAAGGAUGCACCAGAGCUUUGAUUUUGAUGGCAGCAUAGCGAGCAACAAGCUGCCAGGACAGGAAGGUGUGCGCAUCCAGCCCAUGAGUGAACGCACCCGGAGGAGAGCUACUUCCAGGGAUGACAACCGCCGCUUCCGCCCUCACCGGUCCCGAAGGUCCCGACGCUCACGCUCAGACAAUGCCCUGCACCUGGCCAGCGAACGGGAGGUCAUUGCUCGAUUGAAGGAAAGGCCUCCUCUAAGAGCCAGGGAGGACUAUGACCAGUUCAUGCGCCAACGGAGCUUCCAAGAGAGCCUGGGGCAAGGGUCCCGGCGGGAUCUGUACAGCCAGUGUCCCAGGACUGUGUCAGAUCUGGCUUUGCAGAAUGCCUUUGGGGAACGAUGGGGACCCUACUUCACGGAGUAUGAUUGGUGCUCCACCUGCUCCUCCUCUUCAGAGUCCGAUAAUGAGGGCUACUUCCUAGGCGAACCCAUCCCCCAGCCAGCCCGCCUACGAUAUGUCACAAGUGAUGAGCUGCUGCACAAGUAUAGCUCUUACGGUGUCCCCAAAUCCUCCACCUUAAGUGGCAGAGGACAGUUGCACAGCAGGAAAAGACAGAAGAGCAAAAACUGUAUCAUUUCAUAAUGUGAUUGGGGUCGGGGAACGGGGGAAGAUGGGAGCUAAGAAUGUAAACUCAGAAAGGUGCACUGUUGUGAAUUCUUAAGUGCUCUCGGGGAUGGUUUAUAGGGGAGAGAUGGAGACUGCUCUCAGUUGAGGGAGGCAAGGCUGCAGGUUUGACUUGGUAGAUACACUUGAUGUCACAGUUUUGGACAUGUCAAAUAUGAUUUGCACAUUCCACUUUGGAAACACAGGCUGUGGUGGCCAGGGUAGGUCAUGGCUUUCCAAGGUGGAAUGGCCACUUACCAGAUGACACAUUGUAACCUGCUCACUUAUAUUCUUUCUGGUUCUCUUCCUUUUAGGACCCCUUUUCCAGUAAAUACUUUAUUAGCCAGGACCCCAAACUAAGUUAUUUACAUGUCCAUUGUAAAUGCAAUGUAAAUGAGAGUUCUGAUAAAAUAUUUUUGUAUUUUGUAAUAUCAAAAGAAUUUCUAUAUCGUAGGUUUCAAUGGUGCAUGUCCACCAUUGUCUCUGAGUGAUAGUAAAUGGUGGCCCAGGACCACCUGGUUUCUGUUGUUUGUUUUGAUUUGGUUUGGUUCUCUUUCUAUACAAAUCUGUUACAUGUCAGUGAGACUAUUUUCAAAGAAGUAUAUUCAACUUGGCUUUUUGUGGCUGGAAAAAAAAAAUUUAACUAUUCUACCCAAAGCAUUUUAUGCUUUAGUCCAUCAUGAGGAGCCAUCUUUAAGCCUGUUCCCGCCCUCAGUAGAAUUUACUCUCUACAAAGUAAGUAGGUCUUUUUGGUUUUUAAUUGCAAAUGUCGCUUUUGCUGAUUAGAGAUAACAACCAGUGUCAGUCCAGUUCUGUGAGAAAUGCCACCCUGUUUGGAACCUUGAAGUUGCUUAAUGUCGAUCUGUUCCUGGGGGGGAGGGGGUCAAAGUGACUGUGAGUGGUCCCAGUGUGUGCUGCCAGCAUGGCAUUGUUCUGAAUGUGGAAUUACUGUUUGGUGCUCAUGUUUCCUGGAUCAUAUUUUCUGCUUUCUACUUCCAAGGCAGACAGAGCUGCUGCCUUAGCCUGACAACUGUCUGUCCUCAUAGCAAAUGAGCUUCAGCAUUUGAAGCUGAAGGACCAGAGAGUACAGCAGGGAGCUCUGGAUACGGUGGUGUGUACCUUACAGGUGGAUAGGGAACAAGGGAAUUUGAAAACAAAAGGCAGGUGGAUGUUGGAAGGGUGGGGAGUAUGAAGGAAAGUCAGGGAGAAGGAACUUGUAGAGAGAAAGAAGAAAGGUGACAGCCACCUUGACUAGUCCCCAGUUUUAGAGGGAAUCCAAUUAGACAAGCUGAGUCACCACAGGGGCUGGCUUGUUACCCAGGAGGGUCAAGCUGCUGAGAUGACAGGAGAACAACAUGGGGAAACAGACCUUGUGUCAAGAGAGAUUUCCAUUUUGAACUUUGAGGACUGUUGGUCAGACAGAAAGGCUCAAGAGUGAGUUUGCUCAAGGAAGACAUUUCACUGCUGGUGAAAUAAAUAUAUAGUAAAAUAAAACUUCUUGCCUCGCUUCAGUUUUUUUUUAAAAAAUGAAGCACUUGCUCUUGGUCCAUUCUCUCCCUCUCCUCGGUGGAUUGUGGCAGGAAUCCACUGGAGGACCCUCCUUUCGUGAGAUGUGCUGUCCCUGUAAUGCACAGUGUGUCUCCGUGGCCAUUUGCCGUGAUAAGGUGAGCAUGGUCUCUUUUCAGUAUAGUACUUAACAUUUUCUAGGGUUCUUUGUUUUGUUUUGUUUUUCUAAUGGAGAGAAUGUGAAAAGUGGCUUUUCAGACGCCGUCCUAAAUGGGUCUGGGGAAAAAGAUGACUGAAAGGGAUGUGAUGAUGAUACUCCAGGAUGUAUUAAAAUGAUUUGCUUUUUAGGUAUUAAUAUGACAUUUGUCAUUGUCACUGAUUUAAAAAAAAAAAAGCAAUGCAAAUGUUGGUUGUGGCUGUUUUCCGCAUGCUAUCUUCAUAUCUAAAUGUUUCAUUAAUUAUCCAAGCCUCUGGAGAAUUAACUCUAUUACAUUUGUAUAGUAGGUUAAUAAACUGCUUGGCAAACUGUGUAAGAGCUAAUUAUGCAGCACCGUGCCAUUGCCGUGGCAGGUUUCUGGUAGACAUUGGGUGAGUCCAAUUUGGAGCUUUGAGUUUGUUGUUUGGUGAGAAUUAAAAGUCAUUACUGGGAAAGAAAAGAGAGGGAGAGGAGAUUACUUAGCAAAUGGUUUAAACCUUGUGUCCCCUCUGGCCCCAAAUCUAAUGAAACAAAUCCUCCCAUUAAAAGUUGUUUUCUUGCUCUGCCCAUGACAGAGUCCCUCUUACAUUUCCAGUUAUAGUUUGAAUCACCCCCAUCCCAAGAAGAAAGUAGCCUAGAAACUGCUUAAGUAACAUCAAAAUCAUUCUGGCCAAAAUUUAAACUAUAAUGAGAUACAGGCUUUCAGAGUCCAACCAUCCACCAGCAAGACCCCUUCUUCCUUUGAUGUCUUCCCAUCCUAAAUGCAGCCAGGCACCUUACAGAGAUUGACAUUUGAAGGCCAGUUCCUCACAGUAGUAGUGGGCCCUUCAAGUGACUGCCCAGUCAUGGGCAAAAUGUCACUGAACUAGCAUUUCUCCACCUUCAAUUAAUAACUUUGAAAUAACACCCCAGAAUCUCAUUCCCAAAAUUCAAGUGCAUCCUUUUUCUGAAGUGAGUACUUAAGGUCCUCCCUGAGUCCUCCAGUGUAUCCCUUCCUUGCCUCUUAUUGGCCAAGAUUCACUGGUGAGUGGAGCCUGUACUCAAGUUCCCUUUGAUCAUCAUUUUCUCUUCUGUAAACCAGUUUUCAGAAGAGCAGUUUUUUCCCUCUUUUCUCUAGUCUCUGAUGAUUUGGUUGAAUUUUUUCCCAUCUCUCCUAUUACUGGGCUGGCUUUGCUUAGAGCUACAGCUCUGUAGUUAACUGAGUUUGUCCCAUUACCACUGCCAGAUCCGGAACCAGCUAGGCCAGCUUUCUUCCCCAGUCUAAGGAGUUUGUGAAUCACCGAAAGUUUCCUGAGUGGUCUUGCUAGCAGCACAUCCCACCUUUGGUACUGUGAAAAGGUUUCAUGCUGACUUGGUAGCAUUGUGCAUGGCCCUUGAGGGUCCUUCCUUCUAUCCUUUAUAGUUAUGGAUUCUCCUCCAUGUAUGAAGGUGAAUGAGUGAGGAAAAUCAGCCCUCGCUUCCUGGCUUUUAACAUGCACGAGGGAGAAUGGCUGGUGUUGGUUGUUUGAAACCCUCCUCCUACAUUCUGUAGUCCAUCUUUUACUCUCCAAGCAGCUGUGUGACCAGUCUGGAUUUUCCUAAUACAGAAAGCCACAUUUUGUCACCAUAGGAUGCUUCUCCUACAGAACUAUAACAAGAUGGCAUUAUCUGCUCCUCUUCUGGACAUUUCUGCUUCUUAUGACCAUUUUUACCUUCAUUUGGAGCCAGUGGUGGCAUGAAUAUAGCACUUAAUGCUCUCCCUGCUACCAAAGCAGAUAAUAAGCAAUGGAUUAGUGCAAACUUUCCAAGGAAAGUAGGUUCUUGUCCCAGGCAUUUUUACAAUUAGUCCGACAGGGCUAGUUGACUAGAGCUGGUCUUCUCUGUCUUAAAACACAUCUUAUUCAUUAGCUGAUUCUACCCUAGGUUCCUGGGGAAGAAGCAGUGUACCAGGCAUCUAGGAAGCAUCAUCAUAAAGGAUGGGGAGACUCCCUUUCCUCUCCCUCCCACACUGUGGAAGCUAAAGGAAACUGACCUCUUAGGCCAAACAAGGCUCUCUUUGGCCCACUUUUUCAUGCUCAGGGUCUUUGCCAGUUAUGUGGGCAACUCCUGCUCACUUUGCCGAGGUCAGAUAGGAGUCCUUCUGUUUCCUCAUCUGACCCCUCCUCAUAGGGACUUAGGACACUUACAUUCCAAAGGGCAAUGAGUGUCCUUUGCAUGCUCCUAACAGAGACCAGACGCUGUGCUUCAUAAAGAUCCACCUAUGGCCAAGGAAAAUGGAAAAUCAAACCAGUGGCCUAAAUGUCACAUGUGAGCAGAGUCGUUAUUGGCACCUAUGUGGCAUCUCCGGCUCUGCAGAUCAAGUUCCAUGGGUUUCCACUACUGAUCUUGAGGGCAGUUGCAGAUUAGCACGAUUUUAAAAAGUACAUCUCUUUGAGCAUAAAGGAAAUGGGAAUGAAACCUUUGCCUUCUCAUCAGUAGUUUGCCCCAGAGUUUGUCUGUAUAACCAUCCAGAAGCCUUGAAGGUCAGGCUGGAGGAAGGAUUGGUUUCUUUUUCUGUUUUCUCAUAUUAGGAGUCCAGUCAUCACAAGCCCCCUAUAGAGCAUGACUCACUGUUGGAAGCUACUGCUGUUAUAUAAAUUCAUUUCCUGCUUCCAGAACCAGCCUCUCUCGGAGGAAUGAAAAGGAGACUGGAAAGGUCAUGUGUUAUUAGCAGACAUUUCUUUGGUUCAAAUGUGAUGAACUCACAAGAUAUCUAUCUUGAGCAUUUUCUAAGAAAACCUUCAUGGUCUGGGCAUUUGGCCAUGCAUGUUCAAUAGGUCACCAAUCAAAUAUUUCUAAAUUUUGGGAGGUCACUUGCCAAUACAACCUCCUCUUGAGUCUAUCUAGCUGAUCUCCAUAGUUUUCAAUGGAGAUUUCUGAUUUAAUCCUGACCUUGAGUUAGCAGCCUAAGACCUAUGACUCCUCCGUGUUCUUCAGCAAACUAGGCCAGCAUUUAUUCUCUUUAAACUCAUUCUUCCCUGCACAGAGUUGCUUUGCCCAGACCCUAUUUAAUUCCACAUGCAUAAACCAAACCUCAGAGGGCCCAAGAAGGUAAAGUAGGCUGGAGUUUGUGUUAUCUGUAAGUGUCAAGCUGUUUGUUAGGGAGGCCUGUCACAGGCCUUUGGUGUGGGCUCUGCCAGAGACUGUUCUGAACACUUUGCUUGAGAUCCGUGCCCUGUAAAGUGAUUAUAAUGUUUUACUGAUUCUGUAAUACAUUUGUAAACUUCAAAUAAAAUUUGAAUAAAAGAAA